AUGUCCACGCGCCACCUCCUCAACAACGCCAGAUCCAUAUCCUCAACAACCUCACCGAAUCGUACACUCCUCCUAACCUUCGACGCCUUCGAUACCCUCUUCCACCCCCGUGAGCCCGUCCCAAACCAAUACGCGUCAACGGCGCACAAAUUCGGCCUCUCGCGUACAGCAAUCACACCCCAGAAGCUCAAAGCCGCGUUUAAAACCACUUUCCGCGAGCAGGCAUCCCGGUAUCCCAAUUAUGGUCGUGCAGAUGUCCUGCGCGGCCGGUAUGGGGGGCCGAAGCAGUGGUGGGAGGAGGUGAUUCGGGGGAGUUUUAAGAGGACGUUAGCUGGGACGGAGUCGCGUGGUGCGAGAGAUGUUACCUCGAGUACCGAUUUCAAUGCCGAUACCGAGCUCCCAGACGGCUUUGUAGAAGCUCUGAUUGAGCUAUUCGCGGGUGCGGAGGGGUAUACAUUGUACGACGAUGUCGUGCCUUUCUUUACACGGAUGCGUGAGCUCAAAGCUACGCCAAUGAAAGGCCGCUUUGACCGGGUCAUCGUGGGAGUUGUUUCAAACUCCGAUGAUCGGGUUCCUGCUGUUCUGAAGGCGCUUGGGUUAAGGGUCGGUGACCUACGGGCUGAUCAAGAUUUGUCAAGUGGAGAGCUCCCCGGUUUUGAACAGCGGAAGGUCCGGGAUAUGGACUCUUGUCUGAACAACCUGUCGGAAUCCGAUGUGGAUUUUGUUGUUACCAGCUAUGAGGCUGGUGAGGAGAAACCGAACCGAUUAAUAUUCGAUGUUGCGGAGCGACAGGCGAAAUUGUUAGUUCCGCUGGGGGUUAGCUCUGGAAGCUGGACCCGAGUGCAUGUUGGUGAUGACUAUGCGAAGGAUUAUAGAGGCGCGCUCGAUGCGGGGUGGCAGAGUUAUUUACUUCGUCGAGGAGAUGGAGAUGGAGAGGAGCGGGAUGCUCGCAGUAUCUCUUCGUUGACGGAUUUGAUAAACGAGCUGGAAAUCGACUAA